UCACUCUAAAUUAUACUAGCAACUCGGCGAUAGCAAAAGAUCAGUUACCUUCUUGAAUUCAUCGAAGUAACACGUGCAUUGCAGAAAUGGAGCGCUGGGCAGGGAAAGUUGCCGUUGUCACCGGAGCAUCUGCUGGCAUAGGCCUUGAAACGGCAAAAGCGUUAGUUCGUCAUGGCUUGAUCGUCGUUGGACUGUCACGUAGAGUCGAUAAAAUGGAGAGUGAAAUGAGCUCGGUUAAGGGACCUGGCAAAUUUUACGCCAAAGCAUGUGACGUCACGGAUGAAAAUAACGUGAUCGAAGUUUUCCAUUGGGUCGAGAAGAACUUUCAGUCCGUACAAAUUCUUGUCAACAACGCCGGUGUUUUGAAAGCCGCAACUUUUCAGGAGGUCAAAACCGAGGAUCUCAAGCAUGUCAUAGAUGUAAAUAUCAUGGGUCUGUUGAACUGCACGCGUCAUGCUCUCAAGAUAAUGAGAAAGAACGAUCACGAGGCCCACAUAAUAAACAUCAACAGUAACUCUGGCCAUAGGGUGCCUAAAUUUAAUAACGGAGUAUCCAUGAACGUAUAUCCUGCGACGAAGCACGCUGUGACUGCUAUUUGCGAAUCGUUCAUCAACGAAUUGCAUGGCACCAAGAUCAAAGUUACCAGCAUCAGUCCGGGAGUUGUGAGAACUGAAAUUUUUGAAAUCGGCAAUCUGAGUCCAGAGUUCAUCAACAGUCUACCAUGCUUGAAACCAGAGGACGUUGCCAAUUCCAUUGUGCACACAAUCUCGACUCCUCCGCACGUCCUAAUAACCGAACUUACGAUCAAGCCUUUGGGGCAGGUUCAUUAGUAAAAACAAGGCUGUAGUUUUCUACAUACUAUUCCAUUUAAUAUACUAGGAAAUCUAAGUGCGCCUCGUGCACUCCUUGUCAUGACAUCAAUUCUAUCUUUCCAGAAAGAUUUUUAAUUUUCCCGCCUGCUGAUGCAGCACCAAUAAUUUAAAGCGUUUGUAGGUUGUGUAAUAAAAUUCGCGUUCUUUAAUUCUUGUACCAGGCGACCAAUCAUCAACUAAAUGCUUCAUAACAUAAAGUCUAUCAAUUUUUUAAGAGAAGAUUUUUAUAUCCGUUCAUCUAUUUUAUACAAUGUUAAGCAACAAUUCUUGAUAACGUAUGUUAUAAUAAAAUCGCAUGAGAUUAUAUCGCUUCUUUAA